GCGCUGCUGCCGGCGCUGCAGUGGGAGGCCGCCGCGGGCAGCGAGGUGCCCCUGAGGCCUCCGCACCUGCUGCGCAGGCUGGCGCCUGCCGCCGCCGCCUGCGGCGUGGCGGAGGGCCGGGUGGAGGCGGCCUGCGCAGACCUGCUCGCGGAGCUCUCGGUGGCGGUGGCGGGGCUCCUCAGGCUGCCCAGCUCGCAGCGGCGUGGCCGGCUGGACGGGCUCCUGGACAUGUCCAGCCCCGACCCCAAGGAGCAUCCUGGCCGCACUGCGCGCCGCAGGCUGCACCAGGCGCUCGGCAGCCUGGUGCGCUUCGUGCUCCACGACCCUGGCGCGCACCUGGCGGGUUUCGCGGAGGCGGCCGCCUCGCCCGGAGGCCUGCGGCGCUUCGCCGACGGCUUGCUCGAGAGGAAGGGGUCGCUGAGGGCCCUCUGCCAGAGCGCAGUAGCCUUCUCCACGGUCCCGCCUGCGCGGCGCGGGGCGGACGCGUCCGCGGCUGGAGGUGGGCCUGAGGAGAGGGCGCAGCCGGCGGCGGCCUUCGUUCACGGCCUGAAGCAGUGGAGCCGCGCGUUCCACGACUGGUGUGCGGAGGCGGUGGCCCACUUCUUUCUGCUGGAUCCAGUCGCCCGCCGCAGCUGGACCGCCGGCCCUCGCGAUGCGCGCUCCCGCGUCACUGUGCUGACCGACGAGCUGCGGCGGCGCAGCGCGGCAGCACGCGUCCGCAGCGGCGCGAGGCUGGCGGACCCAGCCUGGGCGGAGCUCGUGCGCGAGGCCGCGGGCGAGGUGCUUCUGCCGAUCGGCGCGAGGCCCAGGCUGCUGGACGUCGGCAGCUGUGGCAACUACUUCGGGCUGGUUCACGGAGAGCGCCUCGACGUGCUGCCGCUCGACCUGGCCCCCGCCCACCCGUCCGUCCACGCGUGCGACUUCCUGGAGCUGGUGGUGGACCCGCCGGGCGCCGAGCAGCAGCGGAUCCUGGACGAGCACGGGCGCCCCACGGUCAGGCGGCUGGCCGCAGGGGGCUUUGACGUCGUGGUGAUGUCGCUGCUGCUGUCGGUGCUCCCGGGUGCAGAGGCGCGCGGCGCCGCGGUGGCCAAAGCCCGCCGCCUGCUGCGGGAGCGGCCGGGGCGAGGCCUGCUGAUCAUCGCGGACACCGCGGGGGCCGUGGGGCGGCACGCGGACGCUGGCGCCAGGCGCAGCGGCUGGGUCUCGGCGGUGGAGGCGAACGGCUUCCGGCUGGCGCGGGACCCGCAGAUGCACCUGUCGCGGCUGCGCGAGAGGGGCCCCGGCGGCGUCUUCUCGCACCGGGCCUUCUGCUGGACCUUCACCACGGGCCCGUGCCCGCCCGGGGGCGCCGGCCCGCGGCCCGUGCCGCUGCGCGGCGAGGAGCGGCGGCCCCGGCCGCUGGCGCCGGAGAGG